GAGAGCCAUGUAACCAUGCCCGUCCAGUCUGUGCUUCACUCUCUUAAUUGUACCUUUUUGUUUUUCUCUCUCUUGUUGUCUCUUUACUUUUUGCUCCUUCAGAACACCGCAGACCAAGUAGCCUUCCAAGUGGGCGGCGGCUUAUCAGCUUUGGAGCAAAUCCUGCAAGUCGUCACUGCUGCCUCCUCACCCACCGCCCUUCCCCGUAUUCCUUACAAGUCCCUUUGUGUUGCUGUGAAUACCUACUUUUCGACAUGCUCCUGCUGUCCCCUCAACUGCUCCUAUGUGCUGUUCAGCAACAAGAUCGCUCUCCUCAUGGACUUACUGCUUCACCAGCUAACGCUUUAUGUUCCGGAUGAGGAUAAGUCCAUCUUUGGCCGCAGUGUUAACAAACAAGUGUUUGAGGGUUUUACCACCGGCCUAUUGCAGACCACAGCUACCGUCUUGGGGUGCCUGUCUCCGCUGACCUCAGAGUCAGGAAAAACGGAAAACACGUUGAUUUCUUCGCCAGAUCCCAAGGUCAAGAACAGCGCCACAGAGUCCUUCAAUAUUCGCACACAAGACCUAAUCAGCUAUGUGGUUAACAUGGGUUUGAUUGACAAGCUGUAUGGGUGCUUUUUAUCCAUCCAAAGCCCUGUGGAUGAACACCCCAAGAUGUCUGCUUUCCUCCAGCAAGCCUCAUCUUUGUUGUACAGCAUGUGUAAGCUGUGCUUUGUCGUAACUGGACGUGGGUCCACUAUAUUUGACAACAAACGUCAGGACCCAACUGGGCUAACGGCCCUGCUGCAAUCGACAGACCUAGUGGGAGUGGUGCACACGCUCUAUUCCAUCCUGCUGCACAGCUUCUCGCCGGAGUCCUCCUCUCAGAGUCAGGAACCUUACAGCCCAGGGGUUAUCCAGGUGGCUUUGCAAGGCAUCCGCUUCCUCAACAGUUUUGCCCUGCUUGACCUCUCGGCCUUCCAGACUGUUCUAGGAGCCGAGGGCUUGUCGCUCGCGUUCCGCCACAUCGUCAGCUCGUUGUUGUGGUACUGUACCCAGCAUUCGGCCGAAGAACUGCUCCACGAAGUCAUCAUCUGUGUCGGAUACUUUACUGUCAAUCACCCGGACAACCAGGUGAUCGUGCAGUCUGGCCGCCAGCCCAGCGUGCUGCAGAAACUGUGCCAGCUGCCGUUCCAAUAUUUCAGCCACCCUCGCCUCAUCCGCGUGCUAUUCCCCUCGCUCAUUUCGGCGUGCUACAACAACGGGCCCAACAAGGUCAUCCUGCAGCAAGAGAUGAGCUGCGUCCUGCUCGCCACUUUCAUUCAGGAUUGUUCUUCAAAUGAGAAACAAUGCGACUGUAAAACAAAGCCGAAUGCAUCACUUGAGCAGUUGGAUUACUGCGAGUUGCCCAACCGCUUCCCUCGAGACCAGUGGGACUCGGCACUGCAGUUUUUCCUCAAAAAGCAGGACGAGUGACAGACUGCCACCUUCAAGAAAAGCACCAUCGACUCUCUGACCUGAAGCUGAUCUGACAAAAAACCUUUCAAAUGUUAAGAAAAAAAAUGUGAAAGCCUUGUUCUGUGUUGCUGCACCUGCUGCGAAAGCAGACUGAUGUGCAUGAGGAAUUUGCACCAAAUAGCUUGUUUGUUUAAGAGCAACAAAAGUUUGUUUCUGUUCUGGAAACGUACAUUUAUUUAUUUAUUACAUUUGUCCUAUUUUGUACUCAUCUUAUGCCAGUCAUGACAUCCACUACUUCCAAACGUGUUCACAAUGUUUUUUUCUUACUGGCACCUUUUUCGGUUUCUUCCUUAAGAAGGCAAAACGCUAAUUUAAUCGUAGAUUACUGUUAACGCACAGGUUAAAUAUUUAAGUUAAUGUAUCAUUAUAGUUUCUAUUAAUGUAUGUAAUAAAAGUUCAUUUUGCUCAA